CUUUUCCUCAAGGCACCUGUCAACACUGCCGAACUGACGAAUCUCUUAAUUCAGCAGAACCACAUCGGGAGUGUGAUUAAGCAAACGGAUGUUUCAGAAGACAGUGAUGAUGAUGUGGACGAAGAUGAGAUUUUUGGUUUCAUAAGUCUUCUCAAUUUAACUGAACGAAAGGGGACCCAGUGUGCGGAGCAGAUUAAAGAGCUGACCCUGAGCGGCUGCGCCAAGAACUGUGAGAAGAGCGUGGUCGAGCAGCUGGACAAGCUCUUCAAUGACCCCUCCCGGCCCGUGGGCCUGCUCCUGAGCGAGCGGUUCAUCAACGUGCCUGCGCAGAUCGCGCUGCCCAUGCACCGGCAGCUCCAGAAAGAACUGGCGGAGGCACACAAGACCAACAAGCCGUGUGGGAAGUGUCACUUCUACCUUCUGAUCAGCAAGACGUUUGCGGAAGCAGGAAAAGGCAAUUCCAAAAAGAAGCAGAGCAGCCAAAAGAACGAUGAGUUAAUGUUUGCGAAUGCAGAGGAAGAAUUUUUCUACGAGAAGGCAGUCCUGACGUUCAGCUACUCAGUGCAGGAGGAGAGCGACUCGUGUCUGGGCGGCAGGUGGUCCUUCGACGACGUCCCGAUGAAGCCCCUGCGCACCGUCAUGCUGGUCCCGUGUGACAGGAUGGGCGAGAUCAUGGCGGCGCUGGAGGAACAUCUGUCUGUCUAGCCGCUUCCCACCGAGAGGGCGUGCUGUGUUUGUAAAAUCACCAGAAAACCCAGUGGAGUUUUACUGAAAAACUCGAGACUUUAUUUAGCUUUAGCUUCUCUACACAAAGUAGGGUUCUGUCGCCUGUGUCUGUGACACAUUUACAAAAUAGUGUUUAAAAAAUUUUUGGUCAAAUUAUGUACGUUUGAUUAAAAACCUUCCCCGUAAGAAGAAAAACGUGGAGCAGUUAUUGAAAGAACUCAAUAAAAACGUCUAUAUUUUAUUUUUAAAUAAUA